GGUAAAGAAGUUAAAAAAGAAUGAAGGAUUCUACUCCCCUGAAUCCCCUCCCUUGGGGUCCGACAUAGAAUAGCCGUUCCCGGACCAGACCCCUCGCCGACCGUGAUUAAAUCUUCCACAACUUUUCUACUCCCUCACGCUUCCCAUUCUCCGCCGCGCGAUUCUCGCCUGAAUCUGCCUCAACUGCGGAAGGUAAUCGGAUUAGGGGUCGUAUACCGGAGAUCGAUCGGCCCUCACAAGUAAUUUAUUUAUCCGACAAUACAUCGAUUGACUGUCAAUGGGGAAGAAGCGAAAGUCCCUUGCGACGAGCUUAGACGAGGUAGACCGGACUAUGUACUCGUCUUUCAGCAGCGCCGCGAACUCACUUUCGCAGCUGUAUACUCAGGCGAUGAACCAACAAAAGCUAUCAUUCCAAGCUGGCGAACGGCACGGACUGGAAAAGUUAUAUCAGUGGAUCUUGAGGCAACAAGAAGGAGGAUCAAGAGUGGUGAUGAUUGACAUAGUCAACUACAUCCAGUCUGAACUGGACUACCAUGGAGAAGACCAGGCACCACCCUCUCUUCAAAACCAAAACACUAACAUUUAUCCAACUUCUGUCAUCCUGGGCUCAAAUGGUGCACCGGCAGCAAUGCAGAAUAUUGGAUUGGACCAUUUCGAUCACCACCCAAAGAACCUUGAUUUCUCAAAUGCUCUGUCAAGCCCCAUACGCCGAACCCUUCAAAACUAUCACCUUUCUCAGGGAGGCUACCUUACAAGCAGUGCUCAGCCUGCAAAUGCCACAAGGCAACAACAACAAGCUACUAGGGAGUCUGGUAGCUCCAACUCGAAUGAUGCCUCCUCCAUGGAUAUGCACGCUGAUAGUCCCGGCCAUGAAUCCACUUACUGAGAACUGCGCGAGAUUCGCGAUGCAUGUAAGGUAAGAAGUUUGUCCAUUUUACUUCGCCUCACUUCAGUGUCUUCAAAACAAGAUGUAUUUAAACGUUUUUUUUUUAAAUUUAUGUGUUCUUGAAAUGGCAGCAAAAAAUGAAAUUGGUCAGUUCCAAAUUUGAAUGAAUGAAGUUACUCUGCUAAGUGUUGAACAAUGUAACCAGUUAAUUUAUUUUGUCCCUUUUUUUAAUGCAUGUAAAGUGUAUUGUAAGUGAUGGGUGGCACAGUCCCUUCAUAACACAAUUGGACAUAGAAUUAGCAAAAUAAAUGGGUCAAUGCAAAAAGUUGAAUAAAUUAAAUGAGUACUA